AUGGCUGAGCAGGAUCGUUACGGAGGUUGGUUCGGCGGAAACAGAGCCGAACAAAUCAAAGAGAAAAUACAGAAUGCAAUUCCCAAAACUUCCGGUGCUGAACAAGAUCUUUACGAUCGCUCAUUUGGCGGGGAUAAGCUCCCUUCUGCUGACAGAGUGAAAGAGAAAUUCUUUCAGACAUCAGGUGCUGAGCAAGAUCGGUAUGGGCGUUGGUUUGGUGGAGACAAGCUCCCUUCUAGGGCUGAUAUUCAGAAGAGACUUCCACAAACUUCAGGUGCCGAGCAGGAUAGAUACGAGCACUGGUUUGGUGGACACAAGCUCCCUACUAGAGCCGACAUUGAGAGGCAUCUUCCCCAGACCUCUGGUGCCGAACAAGACAGAUAUGAACGCUGGUUUGGUGGAGAUAAAGGAGCAUCUGCUACACAGCUAAGCGACAAUCUGCCGGGAGGCUCAGGCGCCGAACAAGAACGGCUUGGGUCUCAUCUGGGAUCCGGAUCUCCACAAGUCAAGAUUAGUACAACUACCACGCUCGGGCUUAUCCAACACGCAGUUCUGCCAUCGUUUGGACUCCAUGGCGGUCUCACCCUGAUUGCUUAUGGUAUUGGACGCUACAAUGACAGAGUUGACACCAAAGAUUGGCUAUGGCCCAGUGCACAAGUUGCUAAUGCAUGGUGGAGCGCAAUUGGAGGGCCCGUAGUGUAUGAAGGUGUAUCGGUCUCCACAGCCUGGACUGCGCUAUCAUACAACCAAAAGCUUCUUCUUGCUGGUGUCAGCGCCUGGAGUGUCCGGCUCUUCUAUCGCGUUGCAUCAGGCAGCAUAAAACGCGGUAAAGACGAGCCACGCUACGAUACAGCCUCGAGAAAGAAGCCGGAAUUUUGGAACAGAAUCUUCUUCACGCAAUACCUUCGCGAGACUGUCUUCCAGACGUUGAUCUCUCUACCAUUCACGUUGCCAUUCCGUGCUCCGGUCGCCAGUGCUAUCGCUUCUCCCUUCCCUGAAGCGUCAGCUGUGAUCCAAAGUAUCGCCAUCUUCCUGUUCUCUGCCGGAUUUGCCCUGGAAGUAAUAGCCGACUCUCAACUACAGGAUCAUAACAACCAAAAGAGCACCGAACUCAACAUCAACGGCGUGUGGAGUAUUGUUCGACAGCCCGACUACCUUGGUGAUGCGCUCUGUCACUUUUCCUUCCCACUUUUCCUCUAUAGUGCGGGUCAGCUUCACCCCCUUACACUCAUUGGCCCAAUUGCCAACUACGUCUUCCUCCGCUACGUUGGCAGGCAUAAAAAGACGGAAGAGUACCAAGAGAACCGCCACGCUAAAGAAAAUCCCGCCAAGUAUAAGCAACUACAGCAGUACAAGAAGACGAAGAAUUGCUUCUGGCCAAGCCUGGCAGAGGUUAAUAACAAGUGGUUGUGGACCGUUGCUGUUGCCGGUGCUGGUGGCGUUGUUCUUGAGCGUUCGCUCAAUGUUUUACUCGGAACAUGA